CGUCUCUGUGGUUUCUCGUUUCAGAAAAUCAACGGUGUAGCAAGUCGGAGAUGCAGUUGAGAUUUAGCCAUGGACAGGGAGGCUAACCUUCCGGUUCAACCGGAUAAACCUCCGAAGAGUCUGGUUCGUCCCAUCUUAAACCUGGAAACUACUUCGUCUUCUUCCUCCUCCUCUCCGGAACUUCUACGGCAUUUGCAAGCCGCUUUCAAACGCCAUCGCCCACUCAGUAAAAUGCAGACGACCACUAUCGGGCCUCGACGGAGUGUUGCUCCACAACGACAAGCUUCAAGAAGUUCACGUUUGGUUACAGCUGAAGGGCAGAGAUCUCAGGAUGUUGUUACGCUGAGUCAGAGUCUUGCUGCUAAUACUUUGACACAGGAUACAAGCAACUUAGCAACUUCUGUUGCUGGAGAAUCUAUUGAGAAUGCAUCCGUUACGCCACCUUCAGUUUCAGGAACUGUUAAUAAUUUGUUUGGUCAGAAUUUCAAGCCAUCAGACAGACAGAUGGAUUUUGGAAAAUCUGCUGUUGCUAGUCUAGAAAGCAAUCUUGAUAUUGGAUCUCAGAAUGAAAAUGACCAGAGAAAGUUCCAAUCUCUCAUUGGUAGCACCCUCACAUCUCAAGAUAUGGAAUGGGAUGCAACAAAUCAGGCUGAAGCAUCACAUCUUGGUGCUUGUUUUGAAUCAAAACGUCAGAAUCUCCAAUCUGUUGAUUCUGAGAUCAGUUUGAAAUCUGAAUACAAGGUUUCAUCUUCAUUGGCAAAGAACCAGGGCCAGUUGGGAGAAUUUCGCAACUUCUUGAACCAGCCUAAAACUCAGUGUUCUGCUGUGGGGUCAUCAUGUGCCACAACUACGCUAAUCCAUUCGUCUUCAGCUCCUAUGCUAAAUGCUACUACCCAUGUCUCUCGUUCUUAUGCUGAGGCUGAUUCAAAUGCAAAUCCCCGUGCUUAUCAAAGUCAAGGGAACUUGCCUUCUUGCUAUCCUUCUUCCAAGGACAGCAACAUACUACAUGCCAAUAAGGAUGCCCCUCCAUCAGCGAUACCAGCCUCAACUAAUGAUCCAGAAGUAAGAGUCAAAGAGACAGAUAAGUCCAAGCAGCAACAGUGCACCACAGAACUUGAAGCUCCAGUGGGAUCUUCCAGUCAUGGGGGUGACGGACAAGCGAAUGCUCGUCUACCUGAUGAGUUGCUUACCAGUGUUAGCUCACAGCCACAGAAAUCAGAUAAGCAGGAAAAGGUUGCAAGUAGCAAAGGGCCAUCAGCGCCUCGUAAAAGAAAUUAUGAUCCAGACUUGUUCUUUAAAGUCAAUGGGAAGCUUUAUCAGAGGCUUGGCAAGAUAGGAAGUGGAGGAAGCAGUGAAGUCCACAAGGUUAUUUCUUCAGAUUGUACCAUAUAUGCGCUAAAAAAGAUCAAGCUCAAGGGUCGUGACUAUGCUACAGCAUAUGGAUUUUGCCAGGAAAUUGGAUAUCUAAAGAAGCUGAAAGGGAAAACCAACAUCAUUCAGCUAAUAGACUAUGAGGUCACGGAUAAGACUUUACUCCAGGAGGUUUUGAAUGGCACAAUGAGUAACAAAGAUGGAAGAGUUAAGGACGAUGGAUUUAUAUAUAUGGUACUAGAAUAUGGAGAAAUCGAUCUGGCUCACAUGUUAUCCCAAAAAUGGAGGGAAAUCGAAGGAUCUGACCGGACAAUUGAUGAAAAUUGGCUUCGGUUCUACUGGCAGCAAAUACUUCAAGCUGUGAACACCAUACAUGAUGAGCGCAUUGUGCACUCUGAUUUGAAACCUGCAAAUUUCCUUCUUGUCCGAGGCUUUCUAAAACUUAUUGAUUUUGGUAUCGCUAAGGCCAUCAAUAGCGACACUACGAAUAUUCAACGAGAUUCACAGGUGGGGACUUUGAGUUAUAUGUCGCCAGAAGCAUUCAUGUGUAACGAAAGCGAUGAGAAUGGAAACACUAUAAAAUGUGGAAGACCAUCAGAUAUUUGGUCACUUGGGUGCAUACUAUACCAAAUGGUAUAUGGAAGAACACCUUUUGCAGAUUAUAAGACCUUCUGGGCAAAGUUCAAAGUCAUAACCGAUCCAAACCACGAGAUUACUUACAAUCAACUCUCAAACCCGUGGCUUAUCGACCUAAUGAAGAAAUGUCUAGCUUGGGACCGUAACCAAAGAUGGAGAAUCCCUGAGCUUCUCCAACAUCCUUUCCUUGCCCCGCCCAUUCCACCUGAGCCUCAAGUCAAAACCAUUAAACUGCUCAGACUCAUAGCUGAAUCUUGUGUUCGUGAUGACGAUAAAGCCAAUUCCAUGAUCUCUCAGCUUGAACAACUGCUUACAAAUCCUGCUCCUCUUCCAAGAAAUGAUCACUUAGAUUCAAGAGAUCAAAAUCAGCAACUUCUCUCUCGGGUUUCAGAACUUUGUAUUCAACUCAAGGAUCGGUUAUGAGGUCUGGAAGGAGAAAAAUAGUAAGCAGUACUGAUCUGAUUCUACGGCUUUUGAAUCUUGUAAAUUGGUAUGUUAAUUGUUAGAAGAAGACGUUUGCUUAUAAUGUCCUGUUUGAUUUCUUGUAUUUGGAAUGUAUCAUUUUGGGUGCUCUUCUUUUUUCAUGUUUUAGCAGAUCAAACCUUAAAU